AUGUCAUUUAUCUUUCCAAAUAGUAGUGUUGCCUAUACCUUUAUACUCUUUUCACUAGUGUUAGCACUCGUCUAUUUCGGAUUACGAUUGGUUAAUUAUACCUAUGUAUUCAACUCGAUCGUUGCAAAUAAUACUCCAACUACUCCAUCAUCUGUAUAUAUUCAAGGCAGACAACAACAAGAGUCAAUCAUAUCAACACCACCACCAAUGCAAUUAUCAUCGCCCAAUGAUAACAAUGGAUUCUUCAAUAAUGACAAUAGAGUAAUUAUAUUCUUUAAAUCAUUGUCGUCGAGUAGUAGGAGUAAUGUACGUUCAUUCCAUCAUCGUUUGGCAUCGGUAGUAUUUGUGGUUUUACUCUUUAUGGCUACUACUGGAGCUUCGUAUCGGUUCUUGAGAAAUGUGGUUGGUAUGGAAAAGUCACAGGUUAAAUGGAUCAUCAAACUUCAUAGUAUGAAGUUUCUACCGGCUUGGUUAAGCUUUAUUUGGGUGUCAUUGGUGUUUUCAGUACUGGCAAUAUUAUUCUACAGUGGAGUAAGGUUAAUCAUCAAGACUAGAAGAAGAUCUUCACCAUGUACUCCAUCAAGAAAUGCUUCAUCUAAUAUUUCUCGUCGUCGUCUUCGUAAUAAUAAUAAUAAUAAUGGUGAAAGUAAUCAAGGUACACCUAUAAUGUCUGGUGACGAUGUAAUUUCAAAUGUUCAAUCAAAUACAUUUGUUUUUGUUGACACUAAUAAUAUUAAUAAUAAUAAUAAUAAUAAUAAUAACAACCAAAUAUCGAUUGAUGAUAAUAUUUGA